UGACUGCCCCCCUUCUUCUCAGCUUACUUCUUUUUCUGUCGCUCUCAGAUUAGUCUUGUCUGUGCUUCCAUCAGAGACCAGUUACUGACGGCUCUCUGCUCAGAGUAUUACAGCAGUCUUAAUUCAGUUUACAUACUACACUGGACUAAAAGAAAGUGGGUCUUUAAGUGACCCCAGGUUCAAGACUAAUCUGCUUUCACUGGAAUAUUAUUUUCAGGACAUUGGAGCAAGUAUCUAGAUCUAAACUGGAUCUACAACCUCUGGACAGGACCUUAAAUUUCUGGAUGCUCAGUACUUGGGUCCAUUAACGACUGUGUAACUCUGACUGGGGUUGAAUCCUUCAGGCCGUGUGUGUUUUGGGUAGGCAGGUACUGGACUCCUGCAGUGAUUCCAGGUUAUUUCCACUUUAGUUGACUAAAUCUUGGCUGCAAACAUGGCUUCAUUAAGAAGUUUGAUCCUUGCAAUGCUGCUUGCACUACUCUGCUCCUUCCACACCCCAUUGGCACCCACUGCAAAGGCCCAAGAUCUGCCAUUCCACUCUGAGGAGGGUCUAAUGGCUGAUGAUGACGACGACGACGAUGAUGACGAUGAUGAUGAUGAUGAUGACGACGACGAUGAUGAUGACGACGAUGACGACGAUGAUGAUGACGACGAUGAUGACGACGAUGAUGACGACRAYGAUGAUGACGACGACGAUGACGACGAUGAUGAUGACGAUGACAACGACGAUGACGACGACGAUGAUGACGAUGAUGACGACGAUGAUGAUGAUGAUGAUGACGAUGAUGAUGACGACGAUGAUGAUGAUGAUGACGAUGAUGAUGAUGACGACGAUGAUGAUGACGACGAUGACGAUGAUGAUGAUGACGAUGAUGACGAUGAUGACGACGAUGAUGACGAUGAUGAUGACGAUGAUGAUGAUGACGAUGAUGAUAGUCAUGAAGAUGAUGAUGAUGAUGAUGAGCAUGCUUAUCACAAAGGCUCUCUGUGCUCAUAUUGUGAAUUCUGUCAGCACUGUGACAGCUGUGAUAAAUGUCCCUGUGAAGAAGGAGAAAAGUCUGAACACUGUGAUGACUGCAAGAUGUGCACUUACUGCAACAUAUGUCCUCUUUGUGAAACUGUUUGCAAGCCUGGAGGACUAGUUGAUGAAGUAACUGGAUCAAUUUACAAGACUGUAGCUGACGUCUUUGAUGAUGAUAACUGAGGCCAACCAUAUGUUGCCACAAUGUGGCCCAACUAAUACAUUUCACUUUCAUUUUCUUUUUUUGAGUUCCCUAUACAUUUGAUUAAUAUGACUGAACAAAAACUGAAAAAUAAGCAAUAAUAUAUAUGUUUACUGUUGUUACUUGUCCAUCCGUACUUUUAAAAUGUUACUUUUAAUUUGUUCUGAAUUAUAUCUAAUAAAAAUCUAAAAGAUAUGCUUAGUAAUCAAUGUAUUGGAUAUAGAAUGCUGAAAAGUGAGAGUGUUGUUCCUUGCAUAUCUAGCCGUAACCCAGGAAUUCACAUUUUGUCAAAUUACACCCACAAAUUUGAAUCUAUUUAAUUGGAAUUUUACAUGAUGGACCAACACUAAGAACCACACAAUAUUGAAAAGGAAGGAAGGGUAUGGUUUUCAAAACUUUGUACAAAUAAUAAUACAUUUUCACUACAGUUUGAGACAGUAUAUUAUACACUGUUCUAUCAGAACAAAUUAUAAUCUUAUCCUGCAUAUUGUACUUUUAGCUAACAAUUCUAAUCUUUACCAUGACAUUUCUUAUCUAAACCUUUCUUAUCUAAACAUCCUAAAAUCUGAAGUAAAACUAAAACAUUGUUUAGGUCCCCAAAAGGCAUAGGAAAAAAUAACCUCCUUUCCUUACCAAUGUACACAUGUAUCCUUUUUGGGAAAUGGAGCUGCUUCAAUCAUUUCUGCAACUUAAGCUUGACCCUUAAAUUCACCAUUACCUGAUUGCAAUUUGUACUUCACCUUAUUAGAUUAUUAGAUAAACCAGAAAUUGUGCAGGCAAAGCAACAAACAUGUUUAGACUGAACUGUAUGUUUAGAUUAUAUGUUUAAACUACAUGUUUAAACAUACAGUUUAUAUUAACUUAUUAUACAGGUUUUGUAUUUGCCAUGUCAAUCUGUGAAACAAUAUAAACUUUGGUUUGUGAACAUUGCCUGAAGGACCCAGAGUAACCCAAGGAUAGAGAAUUAUUUUAAAUAAAUUCACUUUUUAUUACUACA